AUGGCACCACCCCAACGCAAACUCAACGUCGCCAUUGCAGGUCUAGGUCGCAUGGGCGCCCGGCACGCUCUAAACUUUUCCGAACGCACUCCACGCGCCACCCUCGUUGCAGCAUUCACCCCUUCCNNCCCGAGGGAAGCAGCAUGGGCAGCUGUACACCUCCCCGGCGUUGUCGUCUACUCUGACUAUGCCGAGAUGCUCAAACAUCCAGGCUUAGAAGCCGUGGUCAUAGCCACCGUAACCACCGUCCACGCCUCCCAAGCCAUUGCUGCCAUUGGAGCCAACAAACACGUGCUGUGUGAGAAACCUUUGAGCACUUCUGUAGAGGUAUCUCAAAGUGUUGUUGAUGCAGCAAACAAACAUCCACAUCUCAAAGUCCUCUGCGGGUUUUCACGUCGCUUCGAUGCCAGUUAUCUAGACGCCUACUCGCGGCUAUCCAACGACUCCAUCGGUCGCCCUUCAAUUUUCCGCUCUCAAACCUGCGAUAAACUCGAUCCUUCUGGUUUCUUCGUGUCUUACGCACAGUUCUCAGGAGGUAUUUUCGUCGACUGCAACAUCCACGAUAUAGACCUGGCACUGUGGUUUUUCGGGCAGGACUCACUGCUCAAAAGUGUCUAUGCAGUAGGCAUAACAGCAGUCCAACCAGCGCUCAAGAAACACAAAGAUGUGGACAAUGGCAUCGGCGUUAUAGAGUUUUGGGGCAAUAAAAUCGCUUACGUGUACAGUUCGCGUAUGAUGGCGGCUGGUCAACACGAUAUGACAGAGGUAAUCGGUACGGAGGGAAAACUAACAGUCAAUGCAAACCCUGCACAGACACUGGUGGAAAUGUCUGAAAAGACGGGGGUUAGAAGAGAGAUUCCUCAAGACUACUAUGGGAGGUUUUACGAGGCUUUUGUGAGGGAGGCUAAUGAGUUUACGGCGGCGUGUUUGGAUGAUACGAAACUGCCUUUCAAGUUGAGUGGUGCGGUGCAGGCUGUCAAGAUUGGUUGUGCGCUACAAGAGUCGCUGAUUAGUGGUAAGAAGAUUGAGUUUGAUGAGACUGGUCGCAGGAUUGAGCAGGCUUCUUUGUGA